AUGUCUUUUGAGAACGGCCAUUUGUCGCCCGUUGAUGAGCCGACUUACGCGACUCUGCACACCAAACCAUCCCGUAGCGAAAGCGAACUCUCAGAUGUCAAUGACAUCCCCGACCAAGCCGUCCCCGAGUCCGCAGACCAUGUCAUGCACGAUGUCGCAAGUCCUCGGUCGGAUGAAGAUGAAGAUGCCGAUGGUUCUGAUGAUGGCGAUUAUGACGCUCCAUCACCUCCCUCAAGAGCCAGCGUCGACUCCCGCCAUAGCAGCGUCUCCUCAGAUGGCUCGUCGGUGCCCCGCAAGCGCAAGGCCGAGCCCGAUGUAGACGAUGACCAAUACAUGCAAGAAAACCCAGAGUUAUAUGGCCUCCGCCGAAGUAUCGAAAGCAGUGAUGAAGAGCAAGGCGACAAUGACUCUGGAUCAGACGUCAACCCCGGCCGAGCCCGCAAACGCUUACGGCCGGCCACUUCUCGCAAUGUCCGUCGGUCUGACUCCGAGUCCGGCUCAGACAGCGAUACUUAUGGUGGCGCACGAGGUCGAGAAUUCGCAAAGAAGCACCGCCGUAGGUUGCAAGGAGCCUCAUCUCGCUCUGCCUCAGGGCUUGCGGGCGACCUUCGUUUCUCUACACGCCAAGCCGGCAAAGUUACGACCUACAAUGAAGAGGAUGGCGACGAUUUUAGCGAGGAGGACACGGAGAACAUGACACCCAACUACUGGGUCACUGCCGAAGACAACUCUCCUGGCAUAGACAUUGUGCUCAACCACAGAUAUCCCGAAAAGAACGACUACGAAUUUUUCGGAAAAGCACAUUACCAUGCUACAUGGGAGCCUUGGACUGAGCUCACUUCCGUCCGUGGCUUCCGCCGUCUCGAAAACUACUACCGCAAAGUCGUCGAGGCCGAACACUUCUUGGCUCAAGACCCUGAUGUUGCCCCUGAAGAGCGGGAAAAGUACACACUCGACCGUGAGACAUACCUUGAUGCUCUAGACGACUACAUGAAGGUUGAAAGAGUCAUCGGAGAACAAGUCGGUAAUGACGGCAGAGAGUACUAUGUCAAGUGGAAGUCUCUUCCCUACGACACCUGCACAUGGGAACCAGAAUCUCUCGUCAGUGAGCUGGCUCAAAACGAGAUUGACCGCUACCUCGACCGCUCGUCUCGACUACCUACCUCUGACAAACGCGAGUCGAACUUGGCUACCCGCUCGCCGUACAAGCCUUUCCGUACACAACCCGAUUACGUCAAGUUUGGUCAGUUGAGAGAUUUCCAAUUGGCAGGUAUAAACUUUCUUGCACACAACUGGUGUAAGGGCAACAAUGUCAUCCUUGCAGACGAGAUGGGUCUGGGCAAGACGGUUCAGUCAGUCUCUUUCAUGAGUUGGCUCAUUCAUGAUCGUCGUCAAGAAGGCCCCUUCUUGGUUGUCGUGCCACUGUCCACUAUGCCUGCUUGGGCCGACACAUUUAACAACUGGACGCCGGACAUCAACUACAUUGUUUACAACGGCAACGAGGCCUCUCGCAAGAUUCUCCGCGAGCAUGAACUCCUUGUAGAUGGCAACCCGCGGAAGACAAAGUUCAACGUCAUGCUCACGACUUACGAAUACAUUCUACUCGACUCGGCCUUCUUAUCUCAGAUGAAGUGGCAGUUUAUGGCUGUAGACGAGGCACAUCGGUUGAAGAACCGAGAUUCACAACUCUAUGUCAAGCUCAUGGACUUUGGCGCCCCAAGUCGCCUGCUCAUCACGGGUACGCCUCUGCAGAACGAGCUCAAGGAGCUGUCUGCCCUUAUGGACUUCCUCAUGCCGGGCUUGAUCAACAUCAAUGAUGACAUUCCGAUCGAUGAUUCUGAAGCCACGAGACAAGCCCUCGAUGAGCUGAUGAAAGCCAUUUCACCAUAUAUGAUUCGUCGUGUCAAAGAGAAUGUUACCAGCGAUCUGCCAGGCAAGACUGAGAAAAUCAUCCGAGUCGAAUUGUCAGAUGUCCAACUGGAGUACUACAAGAACAUCCUCACCCGCAACUAUGCGGCUCUGAACUCCGGCACAAAGGGACAAAAGCAGUCGUUACUCAACAUCAUGAUGGAACUCAAGAAAGCCAGUAACCAUCCAUUCAUGUUCCCCAACGCUGAGGAUCGCAUUCUCGAGGGCAAGACCGGCAGAGAAGAUCAGCUCAAGGCUCUCGUGACGAGCAGUGGAAAGAUGAUGCUCCUAGACCGUCUUCUGACCAGACUGAAGGCCGAUGGUCACCGUGUUCUCAUCUUCAGUCAAAUGGUCAAGAUGCUUGAUAUUGUCGGCGACUAUCUGCACCUUCGUGGACAUCAAUACCAGCGUCUUGAUGGUACAAUCGCAGCUGGCCCAAGACGUCAGGCAAUCGACCACUUCAAUGCUCCUGACAGCAAAGAUUUCUGUUUCAUCCUUUCCACUCGUGCUGGUGGUCUCGGCAUUAACCUUAUGACGGCCGACACGGUCAUUCUCUUCGAUUCGGAUUGGAACCCUCAAGCGGAUCUCCAAGCCAUGGCGCGUGCUCACCGCAUCGGUCAGAAGAACCCUGUCACAAUCUACCGUUUUGUGUCGAAAGACACUGUCGAGGAAGAGGUCUUGGAGCGCGCUCGUAACAAGCUCAUCUUGGAACACAUCACCAUUCACCAAGCAAUGACAGAGAAAGAAGCCAAGGCUCUACGAACCAAGCUUGAUUCUGCCGGUGUCUCGACCGCUGAGCCAGUUGCGCAUGACGACCUUUCUCGUAUUCUCAAGCGUCGCGGACAAAAAAUGUUCGAGCAGUCGGGCAACCAGAGGAAGCUUGAAGAACUCGAUAUUGAUGCUGUUCUUGAGAAUGCUGAAAUCCACCAAACCGAACAGGCUGGUGGUGGCAUUACAGCAAGCGGAGGCGCAGACUUCUUGAAGAGUUUCGAGUAUACUGAUGUCAAGCUUGACCUGGAAUGGGAUGAUAUCAUUCCCAAAGAGCACCUGGAAGCCAUCAAGGCUGAAGAGAAAGCAAAAGACGAAGCGCAGUAUCUUGAAUCUGUCAUCGAAGAGAAUCAACCCAGAAACGCAAAGCGAAAGUCCAGGGAAGACGAUGCCAGGGAACAACGUGCCGCCAAGAAGAGAGCCCGAGACCUUGCUGCUCAAGCAGCCGCUGAUAUCGAGUCUGACAAUGAGUCCAAUGCUGGUGCAGACCCUGAACGUCCAAUGAGCGAGAAGGACAUCCGCAACUUGAUCCGCGCUUACGAAAAGUAUGGUUCGAUUGAGGAACGCCAGACUGAGAUCAUCAAAGAAGCAAGACUUGUCGGUCGUAACGUUGACCUUCUCAAAGGCACUCUUGAUGAAGUCGUAGGCAUCAGCAAGAGACUUCUCCAGGAAGAGCAGGACCGUGUCUUGGCCCUUGAGCGUGAGACUAACAAGCCCAUCACCAAGAAAGACAAGAAGGCCGUUCUGUUCGAUUUCAAGGGUGUCAAACGCUUGAACGCCGAGACCCUGACUGAGCGUCCUCUGGAGAUGCGUAUGCUUCGGGAUGUCGAGAAGCAGCUGGGUGACAACUGGCGCACUUUCCGCAUUCCAGAAGCCUCCAAGCCUGCUCACUACACCUGCCCCUGGGGAGCUCGCGAGGAUGGCAUGCUGUGUAUCGGUAUCGCAAAACACGGUUACGGUGCUUGGGUGGCCAUUCGCGAUGAUGCCGAUCUUGGUAUGGGCGACAAGUUCUACCUUGAGGAGCACCGUGUGGGCACCAAAGAGGAACGAACCAAGGCUGAUGAGAAGAACGCCAAGUCGCCAGGUGCCGUCCAUCUUGUGAGACGUGCAAACUACCUCCUCAGUGUUCUCAAAGACAAGACCAGCAACGGUACCAAUCUUGCAGCCAAGAGAGCACUUGAAAACCAUCACCGUAACAACAAGAAAGCUCUCGCAUCUAGCAGUCGUCGUCCUACAAGUGUGUCGGCAAGUCCAGCUCCUGGCGCGGCUCGUAAGAUGAAUCGCGAGGACUCCUACCGCUCGCGUCUCCACAACGACCACCGUGGCUCUUCAGACCGUCGUCAAUCAUCUAACAACGUUGGCCACAGAGCAUCGCCCGGCGGAGCCGAGCGUGUUGAUAGGAACAGACACCACCGUGACUCUGAAACCAGGAAGCUGCCCCGUCAUGCUGGUUCUCCUCUGGCUGCCCCCAACGGAGACCGUCCAGCAUCUGAGGACCAUAUGAGGCGUGUUGUUGAGCCCAUUCGUGACUGUCUGGGUCGUAUCAGAAAGGCCACCAAAAGCCACAUUCCAGACGACAAGGAGCGCGCAAACAGUCUGAAGGAGUCACUGCAGACAGCUGGCAAGUUCUUUAAACAGAAGGCGGUCGAGAAGGGGAAGACGGUAGAGGACAAACUAUGGGAUUAUCUUGCCGAGACAUGGUGGCCGCAGGCUAAGAAUGUCGAGAAACGCACAUCAGGUCAGAAGCUCCGGACGCUGUAUGAGAAGAUUGCCGCCGCCAACAAGGCAACCUAG